AACAGGCACCACCAAAAAGAGAAAGGAAGGAGAAGAAAACAACAGCGCCUGGGCAGCUGCCUCCAGUUCUGACAACUCCAAAGAGACACACUUUUUAAGUUGGCCAGCAGGCUGGGACUCUGCAGGGAAGGACCAGAAGGUGCCAACCGCAGAGGGGCGCAGAUGUCUUCCUGCACCCCCACCCCACCCACUUUGGGUUUUGUUCACCGUGCUGUCAUCUGUUUUUCAGACCUCUUUUGCAUCUAACAUGGUGAAGAAAGGAGUGAAGAAGAGAACAAAGUAACCCCUGAGUGGGGAGCGGAGAGCGCUGGUGACCGACACCACCAGUUCCUACUGCUGCGGCCACCCACGUCCACUGUUCACCCGGAGACUGGAGAGAUACAAGCAGCGGAUCUGAGAACGGAGCGAGGACAGGCAGCCGGCCCUUCUGAGGAGUUAUGGAUGUUGGUGUAUUCGCUUCUGGCCAGAUCCGUACCCGGAGGGAGCUAACCAGUAGCCACCACCUCCAGCUGUCUCUUUGCCUCGCACCAGGUCUUACCCUUCCAGUAUGUUCCUUCUGAUGAGACAAUUUUCAGUGCCGAGAGUUUCAGUACAAUGUGGAAAUGGAUACUGACACAUUGUGCCUCAGCCUUUCCCCACCUGCCGAGCUGCUGUUGCUGCUUCUUGUUGCUCUUCUUGGUGUCUUCCGUCCCUGUCACCUGCCAAGCUCCUGGUCAGGACAUGGUGUCACCGGAGGCCACCAACUCCUCUUCCUCCUCCUCCUCUUCCUCCUCCUCCUCGUCCUCCUCCUUGUCCUCUCCUUCCAGUGCGGGGAGGCAUGUGCGGAGCUACAAUCACCUCCAAGGAGAUGUCCGCUGGAGAAAGCUGUUCUCCUUCACCAAGUACUUUCUCAAGAUUGAGAAGAACGGAAAGGUCAGCGGUACCAAGAAGGAAAACUGUCCGUACAGUAUCCUAGAGAUAACAUCAGUGGAAAUCGGAGUUGUUGCCGUCAAAGCCAUUAACAGCAACUAUUACUUAGCCAUGAACAAGAAGGGGAAACUCUAUGGCUCAAAAGAAUUUAACAACGACUGUAAGCUGAAAGAGAGGAUAGAGGAAAAUGGAUACAACACCUAUGCAUCCUUUAACUGGCAGCACAAUGGCAGGCAGAUGUAUGUAGCAUUGAAUGGAAAAGGAGCUCCCAGGAGAGGACAAAAAACACGAAGGAAAAACACCUCUGCUCAUUUCCUCCCAAUGGUGGUCCACUCAUAGAAGAAGGCACCAUUGGUGGAUGCAGUACAACCAAAGACUCUUUGACCAGGAAGAGUUAGAGUUGGUAUCCUCACAGAAGACUGUAGAGUAAAAGGCAAAGGCAUAUCACAGAGUUCAACCUGCUUAAAGGAAGGAAAGCUUUGGAGUCUUUGGUACUCACUGCUGACAUAUGAAGUUCUUUCCAUUAGCUCUGUGUCGUGCCUUAUACCCAUGGUAGAGGCAAAUCAAAUGGAAUGGAAGUUAUCCCCAAGUGAACAACACUGUGGGCUGGGUUUUGUUUGUUUGUUUGUUUGUUUAAGUUUUUGCUUUUGGACUUCGGAGAUAGAACUUAAAGGACAUGGAACAAUCUGUUGAAUGAUCUUUGGGAAAGUUAUUUAUGGAAUAUGAACACAUAUCAAAGACUUUCAUUGCUCAUUCAAGCCUGAUGAUUCAAUGAGCAGAAAGACACGCAAGCAUUUACUGGAAAGCACUUGGGUCAUAUCAUAUGCACAACCAAAGGAGCUUUGGGUGUGGCACCAUGGAAGAAUUGGAUCAGAUUUACAAAUAUAAGCAUAUUAGUGUGAAACUGUUCUAACAAUACAAAUAGUAUGGUAUGCUUGUGCAUUCUGCCUUCAUCCUUUACUAUUUCUUUCUAAGUUAUUUAUUUAAUAGGAUGUUAAAUAUCUUUUGGGGUUUUAAAGAGUAUCCUCAGCGCUGCCCUCUGAUGUGCCUUCUCAUUUUUUUUUUUAUUUUGGCACCCUACGCAUGAUCAUGAUAAAGUGUUUUAAAAACUUGGUAAACACUUCAGAAAUAGGAGAUGAGAUCAAGGGAGCAGCACAAGGGCCCUAUGUGCUAUCAGUUGACUUCAUUUACACUUCUGCAGUAAGAACCAUCAGUGAUGACUAUAGCAGAGUUCUGCUGUAGCUUGAGGAAUAGAUACCUGUCAUCAUUUGCCAACACGUGUCAGUUCUGAGGCUUCCUCACUUAAAAACAUACAAGGCCAAGCAAAUUCUCUUUCAUUGCCUUAUUUUAUCUCCAUAAAUAUACUAAAGCAAAGGAAAUGAAUUAUUAGAGUUUAGCCUAACCUUGUUUUUUUUUGUUUGUUUGCUUUUUGUUUUCAUUCUUUUUUUUUUUUUCUGAUGAUGGUUCACUAUAGGUCACAGUCACAAAUGACGGAAAGGUUAUCUUCAUGUGCAUGAACCCUUUGUAAAUCCCACAGAAUGCUUCUCCCCAAAAGGAACCAAACAGGAAUUUGGUAUGACGUACAACUCUCCCAGGGGCUAAAACUGAGCAAAUAUAUCCUGGUAUAUGUGUAACCAUAUACUAAAACCUGUUCAAGCUGUAUGAUCUAGUCUUUACAAAACCAAAUAAAGCUUGUUUUCUGUACAUUUAAAGUGUUCUAGAAGAUUCCAUAAUAUAACCACAUCAAAAUUCAUUUUCUUAGAGCAGGUAUAGAAAGCAGUACGUAAGUGUACGACUCACUGUCACUUUGUAUUUCACUAAAUAAACACAUAAGCCUUAUUUGCAGUGUCUGUAAUGAUUUAAAAAUGUAAAAAAACAUUAUUUGUUCUAAAUAUUUUAAAGGAUAAUUCUAAGUCUAUAUUGAUGCUGCAGUUUUAUCUUCUUAUUUCUUGUUUUGGGAAGAUCUGUUCAUUUUUUAUUGUCUGGAUACAGUAUUUUGGUACAAACAAAAGACUAAGCAAGCAUUCUUUUUACUAAUAAUUUAACCUUACAACGGCUGGUGAUUUGUGGACCUUUUGCCAGUGCAAAUCAGUUACUUAAAAUAUUGAGUUAAAAGCUAAUCAGUUAUUUAAAAAUCCACUUUGUUGAGAAUGUUCUAAUUCCACAAAAGUCAUACUUUGUGAUUUCUUUGUAAAGCGUUAGUUCAAGAGAAGUGCACAGAGUCACAGUGCUUAUGUUUAUGGGUAUAGCUGCAUUUCAUGGUAUUUUUCAUUCAGCUUGUUUUGUGACAAAUGGGAUUUUAAAAUGUAUGCUUUUCUGUGGUUGGAUUCUGUACGUUAACAUUUAAUUGGUAACUGGGUCUGAGAGCUCUAAUGUAAUGCAUCCCUAGAAAAACUAGGUGUCUCUCUUUUUCUUUUAUUUUAAAAUAAUAAUUAUACCUGACACAUGAACACAGACCACCCACAACCAAAAUUAAAUGUUUGGGGAGACAAACUAUAGUAUUCAAUGACCAGAGUAACAGCAAAUAGGGCAGACGUUGGAUUCUUAUUUCACAUUGCCAUUUAGAUUACUAAAGAGACUACGUGUAAACAGUCAUCAUUAUAGUACUCAAGACAUUAAACAGCUUCUAGCAAAAUGUAUCAAAGCUUGCAGAGUCCAAAAAUAGAAAACAUCUUUCCCCCUUCCCCACGCUACACCAUUCUCUGUAUACAAGUUAACAGAGUUAAAUACAGAAACAAUUCAAUAAGGAGUGAAGAUUUUUCCGCAUUAAAAAAAAUAUAUUGGGUCUUUGUUUGAUAAUAGUAGUCCCUUUUACAACUACUGAAAGAAAAGAAGUUCAGUCCUGAAUGUUGUGUGUUAAAGAAAAAAAAAGUAUCACAAUUUUAGGAGCUGUGCCUCCGUGGGAAGUGUGGGCACUGGUCCACCACUUUAGAGGGUGUCAGUCACAGACACAAGGCCAUGUGAGCUGCCAGUGCUGGCACUAAGGUUCCUUGAUAGAGAAUCACUCCUUCCUUCUACCCACCCCCCAAAAGGCUGAACAGUGUAUAUUAUGUUACAUUUAAAUAAAGGCAAUAAAAUGCU